AUGAGGAAAGCCAUACGCCGUUUAAUUCGGCGCGACCGCCAUCAGAACGAUUUUGCGACGGCUUCGUCUGAGCCCCAACCUGAUCGCACCCAGCAUGUGGCCAACGCGCCAGCCGUCGUGGAGCUCUCUGUUCAGGAGCCAGCAGCCCAACGCACCGAGCCCAACGCCGCGAGUCCAACAAGUCCGGCGGUUUCAGCGCCAGAGGAUCCCGCAAGUGUCUCUGAGGACUUGUGGGCACGCGCAUAUCGAACGCUGUCCGAGAGGGAGCCUGAGCUUGUAAAGGACUACGAGAAACACGUCGAGGCUGUUGACGGUGGCCGGUCUGGCGUUCUGGCGAACCCGCAAUCGGUGCGUGCGCUGGUCAAGUCUUUGCAGGACCGCCGAGAGAAAGCGCAGUGGAAGUUCUCAGUACGCAGCAAAGACCGCAAAGUUUCUGAUCAGCUCGAAAAGCUCGUCAAACUUCUGGCUUUGGCGGAUGGCGUAGUGAAACAAUCUCUGAGCUCGCAGCCAUAUGCAGCGCUCGCCUGGUCAACGGUCUCAGUAUUUAUCCCACUUCUGAGCGGUGGAUUUGCAAACAACGUGGCCAUGGUCAAAGGUUUUACAACUAUUGGCGAUCUUCAGGUAUACUGGAGAAACUAUGAAAAUGUGUGUCUGCGAUCCAUCUCAUCAGAGCACUACAAAAUUCUCCUUGAGCCACUGUCGAAUGUUUACUCCUACAUGCUGGAGUAUCAAGUGCGCGCGGUUUGCCACUUGUCAGAGAAAAAGCUCUCGCGAGCCUGGCAAAAGGUCGCUGGAGACAGUGAUUGGAGUGGCAAAGAAGCACAUAUUGUCAAGCUCAGCGACAGAUGCGUCGCAAACAUCGCGCCUUUGCAACGCGAAGAGAUGGUGCAGACCCUUGCUGCUCAUAACAAAACGCUGGAGCAGAUCGGCAACACAGAGAACAGCAUCCUCAAGACGAUGAAGGACGAUAGACAGAAGAAUGCAGAGAUGGAAUUCCUACGAGCGCUCCACUCCGCUGCCGGUAAUUACAAGGGUGGCAUGGAAUUUAACCCCGAUUCGGUUAAAGGGACCUGCGAGUGGUUCUUUGCGGACGAAACCUUUUCGACUUGGCGUGAUGCUUCAGACUCUGGUGUUUUCUGGUUGACAGCAGGCCCUGGAUGCGGCAAAUCCGUGCUGGCGCGAACUCUCAUCAAAGACGGAUAUUUAAAGAACACCACCACCACUAUCAAUACUGGAUCAUCGACAAUCACAAACUCGGUAGCCACUGUGUGCUAUUUCUUCUUCAAAGAUGACGAUGUGCAGCGUGCCAAGACAACCACUGCCUUAUCCGCUCUUCUUCAUCAACUGUUCUGCCACGAAUCUACGAGUGACUUGAUUGAGCAUCCACUGCCAGCUUUUGAACGAAGCGGGGGUAGCUUGACUAUUGGCUUUGAAGACCUCUGGGGCGCUCUAGUCACCUGUGCGGACAAAACGACUUGCGGCGACAUAAUUUGCGUUUUGGAUGCCCUGGACGAAUGCAACAAGCAAGAUCGGGAUCAGCUCAUCCGUAAGCUCGACAGCUUCUACGACGAUGGCCCUUCAGCUGCGAGGACAAAUCUCAAGUUCCUGAUUACCAGCAGAGCGUAUGGUGAUGUUGAGAGAUCUUUCCGCCCAAUGUCAAAACGAACGGAGUACUUUCGCUUUGAUGCCGACGAAAGGCAUACAGAAAUAAGCCAUGACAUUGGCCUCGUGAUUGAUGUAGAGAUGGAGAGCUUCGCAAGCGAGUUCAAUGAUGCCGACCGAGAGAAAAUAGCGGAUACUCUCAAGUCAAAGGGGACAAAAACUUACUUGUGGCUUCAUCUGACCAUGCGCAUUAUGAAGACAGAUCCGAGCCAAUACAGCCGGCGACGUGACGUUGACGCGCUACUUGCUGAAGUACCAACUCAAGUUUCUGACGCAUAUGAGAAGAUUUUGAACAAGACUACAAAUGAAAGAAUCACAAGCACCCUUCUUCGGAUCGUUCUCGCUGCAGUUAAGCCGUUAUCCGUGGAGGAGGCCAAUUAUGCGCUUACGCUGGCUUUGGAAAAUGAUGGCUUCGAGACACAUGCGGAGUUGGAGGCAGGAUGCUGGAAAACUGGCUUCGGGACAGUUGUCAAGAACUUUUCCGGGUUUAUUCUCGGCAUUUAUGACGAUAGACUGUCUUUUAUCCAUUUGACAGCGCAAGAAUACCUUGUUCAGAAAACUGAGCCAGGCUCGCCGGACACGAAGUGGGGAGGUCGUUUCGCCGAUGCUAGUUUUUCUCAUGCGUUGAUGUCUGGCUGCUGCAUAAAAUACCUUCUUCUUCCGGAGCUCGCAUCACGACUUCUUCCGCUCCUUUCGACCCGAGAAUAUCCACUCCUGGAAUAUGCUGCAAGGCAUUGGGCGAAACAUUUCGAGAGGCAAUAUGCUUUUGCUAAGCAAUGCUGGAUGCAGAGGGCACGCCGUCUCUGCAAGACCUCAGAACAGCCUUUGAAAAUCUGGGGUGCGGUAUACUGCCAGGUCUGGGCCCAGCAGACAUUCUUUGGCUGGACAGAUCUAGCAGUAGCUGCCUAUCUCGGACUUUCCACUGUUGUUGGCAAAAUGCUAGACGAUGAAGCUGUUGACGUAAACGAGUACAGUGCGAAGUAUGGCUCAGCGCUGAAUGCAUCGAUUCACGCCAGGGAGAACGUGGUUGCAGAAUUGCUCAUCUCCAGAGGCGCUGAUGUCAAUGCCAAUGUGUGCUCUUCAGCAGUGUUACCACCGCUACUGACAGCUGCGAUGACCCAUAAUAAGGAUGUUCUCUCGUUGCUGUUGAUGAACGGAGCGUCACCGUUGCAGAGAUUCACAUCACACUGCGAAAACACUACCACAGUCCUUCAAAGCGUUGCUAAAGAAGGACUCGCAGACCACUUCUACACGUUGGUGUCUACGCUUGUCGACAUAAGCACGCCGGACAAGGUUCUAGAAGCAUUGACUAACGAAACUAUUGUUCACUGCGGGAGGAAGGCUACGGCACUGCUGUUUAACUUGCUUCCGGACGAGAAGCAGGAAGACGAGAGAUUUCUGAACCAAGACAUGUUGCAGACCCUACUGAGCCACGAUUCUACCCGCAACAGAGCACUGCAGCUGAUUGUUGAGAAAAAGAGACAAGGCAUUCUCCUCGAGCCGCCACUGUUCCCUUCGGCUCUGCGGCAGCAAGACAGCAGACAAAUUGUGCGAAACGCCUUGCAGGAGCUCGACGCACCUUGCGCAAAUAUAACACAGGAUGUGCUCAAAGAUUUUUUUUGUGACGCCGUGUGUGAAGUGGUGAUGGAUAUUGUAGGAGAAUCUUUGUACCGCGACGAGCAACUGCAAGAUGAGUUAUUGGAUAGAGAAGACGAUCCCGGGAUCAUUCCUGCUUUCCUCAGGCUGCCGAGAUGCACAGUUCAGGUGGCUCGUCGUCUUGUUCGAAUACUUCUGAUCGCAUGGGACGAUGACUUUGAAUCGAACCCAAAAGAACGGAAACGCAUGAUGGCACAAAUUCUUGACCACUGCACCGACAAAAGCAGUGUCAUUGAUGCCAACCUGCUCGCAGACGGAGCAGAAUAUUGCGACGGAGAAACAUUCCUAUGGCUAAUGGAGCUAAGCGAUGGGAUCUUGGUGUCGAAGGCAGCGCUGCUUGAAGCCGCAGCGAGGAAUUAUAUUCAUGGACAGACUGUAAUGGAAACUUUGAUGCAGGGUGACGAUGCUGUGCAAUUCAUCACUCCCCGCCUUGUUCUCGCUGCAGCUGAUAUGUGCAGCGAUACUCUGGAAUGGCUCCUGGGAAAGCACGCUGGCACAAUGGCUACGACGGUGGAGCCUUCGCCGAGUGCUGGCAACUUGGGGGCCAGUGAAGUAGCUGAGCUCGCCGUUGCGGCGCUGCGAAUAGCCGUUGAAGAUACAGGCAAUCUCGACUGGGCAAUAUUGCGGUUGCUCCCAUAUUGUGCAGACUCACUGGCCAGACCGAGCGAAAGCUUCAUUCUCGACUUGCUAGAAGGUGCGCCUGCAGGUGUUGACGCCGUUUUAAGUGUGCUUGUCACCACAGCCGGGGACGGCAUUGCCCUGACCGAACGCGUCCUGGCCACAGCGGCGUGCCGUCCCUGGAUGGUGGAAAUGAUUCGAAAUUGGAGGCCAGAGGAAUUCAAAGUUACGCCGUCCUUGAUUGCAAUGAUAGCCGCUGGUGGGCAUGACGAAUGUCUCGACUACCUGGCCAAAGACGGGUUGAUCGUUGGAGAGGAGUGGUACAGACUUGCGAGGUUUCGGCAAAUGGUGGCGAUGCGGCCGCCUCUGGAGGACGUCGAUGCUUUGAUGGAGCUGUGGGCUGAAGGAGAUAUUCCCGACGAGGCAGAUGCAAACGGAAGGACAGCGCUAUAUGCUGCUGCUACCACUGGUAAUACCGUCGCGAUUCCGUUCCUCGUGGAAGUGGCAAAGGUGAGCGUGGACGCGGUGGAUAGAAGUGGCCGGACUGCCCUUCACCACGCAGUGAGCAGCGACAGUUAUACAGCGCACGAGGCGGUUGAGGCCUUGCUCUUGGCUGGCGCGGAUCCGCACAAGGCGGAUUAUCGGGGGCGUACUCCCAUGACCUUGGCUCAGGGCCGUAUUGCGCCUCGCACUAGGGAGUAUAGCAAAAUAGACGCGCAAAAGGUGCUUGCCGUACUGAAUGGUGAUGGACAGGUCGAGGUCGAUGAGGUCAAUGAGGUCGAUAUUUGA